UUGGAGUCCGCUCCACAAUUGAGUGUGAGAGUGGAUAUAUAUCACAAACCAGUAGCAGACACUCAAUUUUUCUUAAGAAAAGCCUUCAAUGGCUGCCGCCAUGUCGCCGGCCAUUUCCCUCCGCUUCAAUCCCUAUUCAACUCUCCGCUUCAUCGCCGGAUUUCCAAGAAAACUGCCGCAGAGCAUUCCGUUACCGCCGAUUACCCGCCGCCACUCUUCGGGUUCUUUCCGGCGAAGUUUUCGCGCUGUGUCUGCUGCUCUCUCGUCCGGAGAAGCUGUGGAGAAGACCAAACCUGAAGUUUCCAAAGACUGGAAGGUCACGCGGGGCGAGAAGGUUGGGGAAUUUAGGAAGAAGCUCAGGGUGUCUGAAAUCAAGGGCGGUCUCGAUGAAGGGCUGGAUAGAGUCGGGCAGACGCUGGUCGUGAAGGGCUGGGUUCGGACUCUUCGGUUUCAGAGCAGCGUUACGUUUAUGGAGGUUAAUGAUGGUUCAUGCAUUUCAAAUAUGCAAUGUGUCAUGGAUUCAACCACGGAAGGUUAUGAUCAGGUUGAAUCUGGCUUGAUCACAACUGGUGCAUCAGUAUGGGUGCACGGGGUUGUGGUGGCCAGCCAAGGAUCAAAACAGAAAGUGGAACUGAAACUGCAGAAAGUGGUCAUGGUUGGCGAGAGUGAUCCUUCCUAUCCUAUCCAAAAGAAAAGAGUCAGCAGAGAAUUUUUGAGAACGAAAGCUCAUCUCCGUCCAAGAACAAACACUUUUGGGGCGGUUGCGCGGGUGAGGAAUGCUUUGGCAUAUGCUACACACAAGUUUUUCCAAGAAAAUGGAUUUGUUUGGAUCUCAAGUCCUAUAAUUACGGCAUCAGAUUGUGAAGGAGCUGGUGAACAGUUCUGUGUGACUACUUUGAUUCCAGGUUCUGGAGAAGCUGCUAAUUCUGAUGUGGGUGCAAUUCCCAAGACAAAGGAGGGAUUUAUUGAUUGGUCACAAGAUUUUUUCGGGAAACCAGCAUUCUUGACUGUCUCAGGGCAACUCAAUGCUGAAACUUAUGCUACUGCUCUAUCUGAUGUUUAUACUUUUGGACCGACAUUUAGAGCAGAAAAUUCCAAUACAUCUAGGCAUUUAGCUGAAUUUUGGAUGAUUGAACCAGAACUUGCAUUUGCUGAUUUGGAUGAUGACAUGGCUUGUGCAACUGCAUAUCUCCAGUAUGUAGUGAGACAUGUUCUUGAAAACUGCAAGGAAGACUUGGAUUUCUUCAACACAUGGAUUGAGAAAGGAGUUAUUGAUCGGCUGAAUAACCUGGUUGAAAAAGAUUUUGUGCAGUUGACUUAUACUGAUGCAAUUGAGCUUCUUCUUCGAGCAAAUAAGAAGUUUGAAUUUCCGGUUAAGUGGGGGAGUGAUUUGCAAAGCGAACAUGAACGAUAUAUAACCGAGGAAGCAUUUGGUGGAUGCCCUGUUAUAAUCAGAGACUACCCAAAGGAGAUAAAAGCAUUCUACAUGCGGCAAAAUGAUGAUGGGAAGACUGUCGCAGCCAUGGAUAUGUUGGUUCCUCGGAUAGGGGAGCUUAUAGGUGGAAGUCAAAGAGAAGAACGGCUUGAUUAUUUGGAAGCUCGUCUGGAUGACUUGAAACUCAAUAAAGAUAGCUUCUGGUGGUACCUUGACUUGCGUCGUUAUGGUUCAGUUCCUCAUGCUGGCUUUGGUUUGGGAUUUGAAAGGCUUGUGCAGUUUGUCACUGGAAUAGAUAAUAUAAGAGAUGCCAUUCCAUUUCCGCGCUCGCCUGGCUCUGCAGAAUUUUAAUGACAAAAUUGUUCAUCAACAAGAUCUUAAUUUAAUUCUUUUAUUUUAACAUCCCCCCUUAUGGAGCUUGUUCUUCCUGCUCUUCAUCUCUGUAUUUCAAUUCUGUUUAAGGGUUGAAGACUAGAAAUUUGUGUUGUAUUUAUUGUAUACAUUGUAAUAAAAUGUUCUUCAUGUAGGCCUUCUAAUGGAUUGAAA